AUGGAAACUCAACCUGAAGAGCAGAAAGCAGCCAGGGUUAAUUGGUGUCAAAAACGCUUGACCUCGGCUGUUUGGGUGUUCCAAGGUGCAGAAAAGCCAACAAAAGUCAUCCGUUCUCGAAGUCUUUCGAAAAAGAUGGUCGCGACAUUUAUGUCAAAAGCGGGUCAUAUUGCAACAAUUCCUCUUAAUGAGCAAAGAACUGUUACUGCGGAUUGGUAUACCACCAUUUGUUUGCCAAGAGUCAUCACCGAGCUUCGAAAAAUCAACCCCGAAAGAUCAAUCAUCAUCCACCAAGACAAUGCAAGCUCGCACGCAGCCCAAAAAAUAAGGCAGUAUUUAACGGAAGAAAACGUGGAAUUAUUGGACCAUCCUCCAUAUGGUCCCGAUCUAAGUCCUAACGAUUUCUUUACUUUGCCGAAAAUUAAAAACAGACUGCGUGGUCAAAGUUUCCAGUCACCAGAAGAAGCAGUUGACGCAUUCAAAAAUUCCGUUUUGGAUCUGCCAGCAAACGAGUGGAAUAAGUGCUUCAAAAAUUGGUUCGAGCGCAUGCAGAUGUGUAUUAAUCUUCCUUCUGGACUACCUCGAACCUUGAUUAGUGACAGGCAGCAUGCUUACGUCAUGCAAUUGUGGAAUAAACUCAUACAGCCCUACGGUGAGGCUCAUGUCGUUCUUCCAUCCUAUAGCCUCCCAGAUAAGCUUUGCAGAUGGAUAGCUGACCUUCUCCCUGUCCAGAUGACCGAGGACUUGAUCUGGCACGAACACAUCUCGUCAAUAGCAGCAGCUGCUGGGAAAAAGCUAGGCUAUUUGUUUAGGGCUAACAAGGUAUUGCCCACAAUGCAGGGUGCUGCCGCCCCGACCACAUUAUCCAUGCUCGAUGCUGCCCUUCUCUUAUAG